UGAGCUAGCAGAAUCUUAUGCUGAUCAUCAUCCACGAAUGAAAAAAGGGAUUAAAAAGUGCUAUGACUCCGAUAACCAUUUCAGUGAUGGCAUUACAAAUGGUGCAAGAUGGUAUUCGUUAAAUGGAGGUUUGUUCGCAUUUGAAAUCAUUGGUCUGAAGUAGGUGCACUUUGAGCCGAACGGUGCUCAGAAUAGUUAAAAAGUAACAUAAAGUUAAAGGUCUUCACUAAUGGACAUGCAUACACCAUAUCCCACUGUCUUUAUAGUUUUCCUUCUAAAGGAAAUCAUUUGCUGAUGAUAACAAAAAUAAGAAUACUAGAAGACGUGGAAUUCUGUGAAAUUUAAGACAUAA